CUCUCUGGAUGCUGAGCUGACGUCUCUCUGCCAGUCUGUGCUGGAGGAUUUCAACCUGUGCUUGUUCUACCUGCCUUCUCCUCCCAACCUGAGCUCCACUAGCGAAGAUGAGGAAGAGUACGAAAGCGGCUACUCCUUCCUCCCUGACCUCCUGAUCUUUCGCAUGGUGAUCAUCUGCCUCAUGAGCGUUCACAGCCUCAAGAGGGCAGGUUCCAAGCAGUACAGCGCAGCCAUCGCCUUCACGCUGGCCCUCUUCUCUCACCUGAUAAAUCACGUCAAUAUUCGCCUGCAGGCGGAGCUGGAAGAUGGGGAAAAUCCAGUCCCAGCCUUUCAGAGCGAUGGCACAGACGACCAGGAGCCGCGGGAGCCCUUGAACUCCAUCGAGAAGGAAGCCGAAGCUGACGUGGCCAACCAUCAACCCAGCGAGGAACAGCGGAAAAACGACUGCAAGAAAAGCAAGAAAUACUCCCGCCUCUCCUGUUUGCGCCGCCGCCGCCACCCCCAGAAGGUGGAUGAGAGCGACCUGAGCGAGGGCUUUGACUCGGACUCCAGCCAGGGCUCUACAAAGGGCAGCGAUGGCUCGGAAAGCGGCUCAGAGAAGAGCGACGUGGAAGCAGAAGCCGCUUUCGACGUGGAGACGGACUCUGACAUGAACAGCCAAGAGUCUCGGUCCGACUUGGAGGACAUGGAGGAUGAGGCAGAUGAGGAGGGAAGCGGCCGAGGCAAAAGCGGGCCCAAAGAGGCCUUAAAAAACUGUGUGGAUGGCAGUGGGCCUGGGGACUCCAAGAGCUCGAGCAUCUCUAAAAUCGAGGCUCCGGAUCCGGCGGUCAAUGGGCCGGCGUCCCUGAGCACCACCGAGGCCAGCAUAGCCAGUAACCUGCAGGCCAUGUCCACCCAGCUCUUCCAGACCAAACGCUGCUUCCGCUUGGCUCCAACUUUCAGCAACAUCCUCCUGAAACCCAGCGGUGAACCGCCCGUCCUGAAGGAUGGCAUGGAGAGCAAACCCUGUGUCAACGGAGAUCUGGAGAAGCCGGGCUUGGCAGAGCAAGAUGAUGUAUCUGACUCUGAGGAAAGCAUUUCCAGCAACAAAUCCUGCAGGAACGAGCGAUCCCUUCAGGAGAAGCUGGAGAUCGUCACCAACGAAGGGCUGCUCCUCACCGUCAAGGUGUUCCUGGACUGGCUGAGGACAAACACGGACCUCAUCAUCAUGUGUGCUCAGAGUUCGCAGAGCCUGUGGAACAGACUGUCUGUGCUCCUCAACCUUCUGCCUUCUGCCACGGACCUGCAGGAGUCAG